AUGGAGCGCAGCAGUGGCAGGCCAGUGAAGACCCCUGCUGGCCACGUGUAUGAAGUGCCGGUGGUAUGGAACAGUUCAGCCAAUCCGAACUACCGGUUUGUAGACGUGGAGCUGCUGCAGGCGUUCAAGCCACUGAUCGUGACUUGUUACGUCGUGGUGGUGCUCAUGGGAGUCCUUGGCAACUAGCUUCUCAUCUACGUCAUCUGCUGCUCAUGCAAGAUGCACAGCGUCACCAGCUUCAUUAGGAACCUGGCUUUUUCCGACCUGCUGAUAUGUGUGACGUGCGUGCCUUUCACGCUGGCGUAUGCCUUCACCCCACACAGCUGGGCCUUCCGGCACUUCAAAUGCUAGCUGGUGUUCCUCACGCAGCCUGUCACUGUCUCCGUGUCUGUGUUCACCCCCACAGCCAUAGCUGUGGACAGGUACCAUGCUACCGUGCACCCUCUGAAGAAGAGGCUGUCCGCCGGGGCCUGUGUCACCGCCCUGUUGGGGAUCUGGGUGGUGUCAUGCGUGCUGGCGUCCCCUGCCGCGGCCCACACCUCAGAAGAAGGCCUGACCAUCUGCGAGGAGUACUGGCUGGGUGAGGAAAGGUGGCAUCUGGCCUACGCCUACAGCACACUGCUCCUGACCUACGUCCUGCCUCUGAGCGCCGUGUGUGGCUCCUACUUCUGCCUCUCCGUCAGGCUGCGCAGCUGUGUGGCUCCAGGCCAGGCCGAAGCGCAGAGGUCCCGCCGCCGCAGGACACCGAGUCUGGUGGUGGCGGUGUUCACCGGCUGCUGGCUGCCCAUCCACAUCUUCAACGUGCUGCGUGACGUGGACAUCCGUGUCAUCAGCAAGCGUCACUUCCUGCUGGUACAGCUCCUGUGUCACCUGUGCGCCAUGAGCUCAGCCUGCUGUAAUCCCUUCCUUUACGCCUGGCUGCACCAACGCUUCCGCACCGAGCUGCGCAAGACGCUCGCCUGCCCACGCCCCAUACGCAUCCCGGCCAAUCGCGCCAUGGCGGCCAGCAUGGUGCUGUGA